GACAGUAUUGCUUUUAUCAGCUGUUAUUGCUGAGCCAAAAAACAAGCAGGAAAAUGCUGCUUUGAGGACAGAGUAUGUCUGAGUGAUUCUUUCAAGCAUGCUUCAGAGAAAGACAGUCUCCUCUUACAAGCUACCUGAGCUCCCACAGCACCACGCCCUACUUGGAAGGCGAGGAUGUCAAACAGGUUGGCUUUCCCCUCUGGGAAGGAGGUGGAUCCAGAGUGUUCAGGCACCUUCCUCAUUGGGUGCUGCCACUGCUUCCCCAGCUCUCUGUGCUUCCUGCCUGGACAAUAAAUAAGUUUCUUGGAGCACAUGUGGCACCUAAUGUGCUGCUCACAGCUUGGUUCUAGCGGGGUUGCCUGUUUUCGUUACUUGUCUUGUAAGCAAGAAGGUUUCUCUCUCUCUUGCAGAGCUUGGGUGUGGUGGUGAGAAACCUUUUUGGACAGAGCAGCUGAAUCCAAGUGUCUCCCUCAAACCUUGGCACUGCAGUUGCAACAUCUACCAUCACUACUUGGAAAAAAACGCCUGGUGCAAUCAAGGCACGGCAUAGAAGAGCAUGGAGAAAUUCAGAAGUAUUUUUAUUUUGUGCCUUGGCUUCCUUCUAGUUCAUGUAAGAGGUCAAGAUGAUUUUGAUUUAGCUGAUGCCCUUGAUCACCCUGAUGACAUCAUUACCAGGAGACCUACAGUGAUCAGAAGACCAACAAGACCUGUGUUCAACAAUGAUCUACAUUUAGGAGAUGCUCUUGGUGGGGGUGACAUCUCAAGAAAACCUUUAUACCCACCUCUUCCACCGCGCCCAGGAAGUUAUGGUAAUUCUGGAGGUUUUCAUGACUCAGAUCUGCUUGAUGGAAAGCCUUUACCACCAGGAGAAGAGGAGCAUCAUUUCAAUCAUGGAGGGAACACAGAUUCGGGUUUAAUUGCUGGAGUUACAUCUCCUGUAAUUUCUGCUUUUGUGAUACUGAUUGUUGGAUCCAUAGCAGCCUACACCGCUUACAAGAAUAAGAAACUUUGUUUCAAACCACGUGGUGGGGCUGCAGUGUAAAGCACUGAAAGAAGAGUUGCUGACUGAUCACAGGCUCCUUUGGUUGGUGGCAUUCUACACUGCCAUUCUGACAGAAGAAAAUCUUCCUCUAACAAAUGUUUUCUUGAGCCAUUGCAAUCCUGCUCUCUCUAACCUGAUGUCACUUUUGCACCUCAAGCUUUAUGUCAUCAAAAUCCUGGAUGUUUAAGACAUCCAGGGAUUGUAUUGCACUCUCUGACCUGCAUUCAUAAAGAUUUUGACUCAGAAGUUAUCAUAAACAACAAAGAAAUCAAGUUUGAUAUAAGCUAAAAGCCAAAAAAGGAUUUGUGUUCGUGAGGAUUUGAGUCACCAAAUAAUUUUUUUCUGUUUUCAAAAUCAGCCAAAAAACCUCAGUCCUUCUGAUAGAAUAGGAAUAAGGAGUUUGCCAUUUUCUUUCAUACCUGUUGGUUUUCUCCAGUAUAUUUCUGCAAUGUUUACCAUGUUUAAAGAAUAUUUGUUGUUGUCUAAAGGAUUAAAAAUUUUAAUGCCUUUACUUUGCGUUUAUGUCUGAAUUUUAGCAAAGUGAAAGGAACUCUAGCUAGAAAAUUCAUUAUUAAUUUUAUAAUAUAUUGAAAAGGUUAUGUAUAUUGACAAACCACUGUUUAAAAUAAAACAGAGAGGAACACAUGCUAAUUUUAUUUAUUUAUUUAUUUUAUUGAUUAAUUACUGAACUGGUGUUUAGGUCUGCUCAGGAACUAGAAUUUUACAUAAGUUUCAUUUCUCUUCUUGAAAACUUAGGCCUGACUCUAGGAACCUUUGAAGGCACUAAUCUAGGAAGACUUUUUUUUAAAAAAACUUAUUAUUCAUAACCUCUGAAAAGGGAAAAUGGGUACAAAGAUUUUUCUGAUUCAUUGAGAAUGAGUUUGGGAUGCUUCAAUCUUUAAAAUCUAAGUCACAAAGACUUUUCAACUUCAUACUAUGUGGAGGUGUGGUUGACAUAGUUUUUCUAGCUAGCCUGUUUCACUUCUUUCCCUUAUUCCUGAUCGAGCUUGCUGUGCUAACAGUGUCCUCAUGUAGACAAACCUAUAAUGAAAAUUGACACUUUUCCUGUCCCUCUGCCCUAAUUUAUCUAACUGGAUCAAAAAAACAGCAAGUGAAUGAAAUACAGAUGAAAGUUGGCAAAAGUAGCAGUUUACUGACAUAAUUCUGCAAUAGAGACAUUUUAACUGACAUUUAAAGAAUAAGGAAAUUGGUGUGGUUUUAUCUUCAUUUCAUAUGCAAAGCAUGGUUUUUGUUACUUCAAUUCCACAUAUAUGGAGGUGAAUAUGAUUUUGUGCUUAUUACAUCAUUGAAAGGAAGACAUACACUAAAAAAGUUAUUUUUCAUAUAAUAAAAUACUAUUUAUUUGAAUUAUAUUUUAAAUGGAUAUAUAUCAGUUGCUUGCUUAGACUACCACUUUUUUUUUUUUAUCCAGAAAAAAAUUAUAAUGUACAUCAGUUUAAACAUAGAAACAUCUUGACAACAUACAAACAAAUGAACACCUCUGUGACUAUUACUUUCAACUUAUAAAUGAGAAAAUAUUUUUAAUAUGGUUUUCAAGGACACUUAAUAUUUCUUCUUGAAUAUUAAUUUUCCAUGUUAACAGUUAAAAAAGAUUGAUGUAUAUUUUGUCAGAAAGACAUAGAGAUUUGUUUAAUGAAAUGACAAGGGUUUUUUUGGUGUUACAACUUGUUGUUUGUUCAACCAUGAAAAUAUAUAUUUUGCUUCUUUCUCUUCAAAAUUUUCAAUAAACACCUACUGUGUUUUAUCUAAGAUGACACAGGUUUUAUUUUUUGUUUGCUAUUUUUUGAGACAUAUGAGGAUUGAUAAAUUCUGUAUACA